AUGGCGGCGUCCCUCGCUCCGCCCGGGAGCCGGCUCUUUCGAACGUAUGGAGUGGCCCGUGGCCCGGGGCGCCGGCGGCAGCAGCAACAGCAACAGCAGCAGCAGCAGCAGCCGGGCCGGGCGGCGGCGGCGUGGUUCCCGCCGGAGGACCGGAAGCGUUUCUUCAGCGGCAGCAGCAGCAGCAGCAGCGGCGGCGAAGUCAGCCCCAGCACCGGCCUGUCGUCGUCGGUCGCGUCCGAUGACCCCGCAGACCCCGACUACCCCGGCAGCCCGGUCGGCCGGCGGCGGAGGCGUCCUGGCGGCCGAGCGUCCCAGGUCCGGGAGACCCUGCCCGCCGCCGCCACCCCGAAACUCCUGAGGCUGCGGGCUCGGCUCCCGCAGAAGUGCAGCACGCCCUGCGACCAGCUCCGGCUGCCCGCGUUCCCCGGCCGCCGCCCCGGCUUGCCCAGUCCCGACAUCAGCAUGGACAGCCAGGACGGCGACGAGCUGGGCACCAGCGCCUCCCUCUUCGGGGAGGCCGCCGUCGUCUCCAGCUCCCCGGAGGAGGCGGUGCCGGGAGGCCGGCUCAGCAGGAUGGUCCUCCGAGCCCGGGCCAGCCUCAGGUCAGCUCUGUCGAGCCUCACGGACUCGGGGAGACCCGCGGCGGAUUCUGAGCGUGAGGUCAGUGGGGACCACGGGACAGCAUCCUGCGCUAAGACACAACCCGUGGGACGCCGAGCGCAGGGCCCUGGGCUCCCUGGCGCUGGUCAGAAGCAGGGUGCGGGUCGGGGCUCUUGUCGGAAAGUGGGGUCUCAGAGGGCUGCCCCCUUAGACUCCCAGGACCCCAGUGGUAGCCAGGACUCUGUUGUACCUAAGAGAAUUCUGCCAAACCGGAAGAGGAAACACGAAGAGGCGGUGGAGCCCUCCCUGCAACAUUCCCACGGGCCUAAGAAAGGCCAGCAGGUCAGGGGGCAGUCAGUUCUAGCUCAGCGGCCUACCCGUCUACACAACACCUGCUCCUGGACCAAAAUCAGGGCCUCCUUGGGCCUGCACAAGAAGAAAAUCGUGGCCGACGCGUCGGACGUGUGCAGCACCUACACCAUCACCAGCUCACUCUCGGCCUCCCUCCUCUCCGACCACUCAGGCCCUUCUGUCCCCCACAGGACCCGCAGCGCCGUGUCCCCCUGGAACUCGUCCUCCAUCUAUCUGCUAAGCCCCCUGAACUCCCUCCCCGUGGCCGACAAAAAGUCCUGCGAUGCCGAGAAGGUCUACUGGGAGUGCAACCAGGAAGGCCCCAUCCCCUUCAGCUACUGCCUUCCCAGGGGCAAGCUGGAACGUUGUGAGAAGAUCGGGGAAGGCGUGUUUGGGGAAGUCUUUCAGAUUCUCGGGGAUCACAACACGCCGGUGGCCCUGAAGAUCAUUGCCAUCGAAGGCCCCGACUUGGUCAACGGGGCCCACCAGAAAACCUUUGAGGAAAUCCUGCCUGAAAUCAUCAUCUCCAAGGAGCUGAGCCUCCUGUCCGCCGAGGCGUGCAACCGCACCGAAGGCUUCAUCGGGCUCAACUCGGUGCACUGCGUGCAGGGCCCCUACCCGGCCCUGCUGCUCAGAGCCUGGGACCACUACCACUCCACGAAAGGCUCGGCCAACGACAGGCCUGACUUCUUUGAGGAGGACCAGCUCUUCAUCGUCCUGGAGUUUGAAUUUGGAGGCACCGACCUGGAGCAGAUGAAGACAAAGCUGUCCUCCAUGGCCACAGCCAAGAGCAUCUUGCACCAGGUGACGGCGUCCCUGGCCGUGGCCGAGGAGUCCCUGCACUUCGAGCACCGGGACCUGCACUGGGGCAACGUGCUCUUGAAGAAGACCAACCUCCGUGAGCUGCAGUACACCCUCAACGGGGAGACGAGGGCCAUCCCCACCUGCGGGCUGCAGGUCAACAUCAUCGACUACACCCUGUCCCGCCUGGAGCGCGACGGGCUCGUGGUGUUCUGUGACAUCUCCACGGACGAGGAGCUGUUCUCUGGGCAAGGGGAUUACCAGUUUGAGAUCUACAGGCUCAUGAGGAAAGAAAACAACAACUGCUGGGGCGAAUACCACCCCUACAAUAACGUGCUCUGGCUGCAUUACCUCACGGACAAGCUCCUGAAGCAGGUGACCUUCAAAAAGAAGUGCAACACCCCGAGCAUGAAGAAACUCAAGAAGAAGAUGGAGCAUUUCCACAAGACCGUGCUGGACUUCAGCUCGGCCACCGACCUGCUCUGCGAGCACAGCCUGUUCCAGUAGGCCGGGCCCGUCUUCCCGCCCCAGGCACUGCCCUGGUCUCUCGGGUGCUGCCCGUUUCCAACACGCACCGCUCCUCUCC